UCAAGCACACGUGUUAGGUUAUAAAUUAUUAUUUUCGAUAAAAUCCAUAUAAAGACAAAUAAAUAUUGUUUCCAAGUGUUACUUCAUAAUAAAAUGGGCACCGACGAAGCCAAACUAAAGGAUUUUAAGCUAAAACCGAUGAAGUGUGAGCUGAAUUUCCUCAGCAAAUCGGACGGCUCUGCUAUUUUGUCUCAAGGUAGUACAGUAGCGUUGACUAGCGUCAAUGGACCUCUGGAAGUUAAGAUGUCUAGUCAGAGUAUAGAGAAGACUACAUUGGAAGUUCUCUUUAGUCCUAAAGGCGGGAAACCAUCUGUAAAAGACAGGUACAAAGAGAAUGUGAUCCGUCAAACAUGUGAGGAGGCUAUCCUGAGCAGCCUGUACCCUCGCACCGGCAUCACUGUCACAGUUCAAGAGCUGGAGGACUAUGGAGGGCUCCUGUCAACCUGUGUGAACUCCGUCUGCCUAGCCCUAAUAAACUCCGGCGUGGCGAUGCGGCACGUUUUCGCAGCAGUGCUGUGUUGUGUCGACGAGCGCGGAGACAUCCUACUUGAACCUGAGGCUGACCAGCUGGAUGCUGCGAGAGCCGUGUUGAGCUUUGUCUUUGAUGAGCGAGACAAGAGUCUUGUUACAGGAUUCACCGAGGGCAAUUUCAGCGAAGACACGUACAGAGAGGCCAUGGAGCGGUGUCGGUCCGCCAGCCACCUAGUGUUCGCCUUCUAUAGGGAUAUUGUUAGUAAAUACUCUAAAGUUAUUGGGUGAUAGAUGUUAGGAAUGGACGUGGUUGUAAAUACCCUGUUAGAGUCCGUCUAAAGCUAACUUUGUAUAAACUUGGCGAACCAAAAUGUGAAAGCGCUGUCAUACACGUAAAAUUUUGAUGAAAAUAAUAUAUGACGGUUAUACUAGUGAUGCCGCCACACUUUUUCGUUGCAGAUAUAGCUUAUAGACAAUAGACAGACUCUAGAUGUAGAAUAAGAUGUAACAUUGUUGCCAAUAAGACAAUUACCGUUUGGAACGGUAGCAGGAAGUUUGCAUACCUACCACCGCUGCCAUGCGCUUGUUUGAUACCAUCGUGGUCUGAACUGAAGGUAUACGUUUUAUUCAUCAUGAAAAUUGGUACAAUGAAGGUCAAAAAUAUCAAAUCAAAUAUUUCUAAUCUUAUUGUCAGAUGCGUAAGCAUUUUAUAAAAUUUUGUCCCUUUGGCAAUUAAACGGAAUUACCUUAUAAAUUACCUACUCAAUAAUUGGCUUUUUGAAAUAUCAAAUCUUGGAGGAUAUAACCAAACGCAGUAGCCAUCACUAACAGGGUGCCCCUCGAAACUCUAUGACCAAUGGUCAUACACAUUGUAUGGAUUGACGUUUAACUGACAUGGCUAUUUUUACGUUACGUAUACAUUUGACGUGCCCCACCCCCGCAAAAAUCGGCAGACUGGUUUGUAUAGAAAAUUACAGACAAGGCCAUUUGAUUAUAUCCUCCAAGUAUCAAAUCAACACUAAAGUCAACUUUGCCUUAAAAUAAGGCUGAAGGGCUCCAUCAUUUGAGGGGAGCCGACAUUUGUAAUAGUCAAAGAGCUAUAUUCUAAGAAAAAAUUGUGCCUCCUAAUUUUGCAGCUGAAAUAGAUGGCGGUGUACUGCGCUAUACCUAUACCUAGGUUUUGGGGUCACUGGAUUGACAAACAUCAAAUAUUAUUAACAACUAAGUUACCGUGAAAAUUCAUUUGCAUGAAACAAUGUUUGCCAUAUUUCACGCCUGAAACACAGGGAAUCCUAGUUCAGGCACAUGUAAACCAUUUUUAAGUCUUUGUUUUAUAUGAAUGUAACCAUGAAAUACGUGUUUCUUUUUAAAUAAAUUAUGUUUACGUUUUUACCGUAUAAUGUACAGCGCCAUCUACACCAGCUGUCGAAUUCGCAGCAUGAAAUUUUCUUUGGUUUUACGUACCUUGACCUCUACUUUGUUUACAUUAUAAAUAUUUUUUAUGAGUAAUUCCUA